CAAGUGCCAUGGUACUUGGAUAGGAGGUAAGUAGGGGUUGAAAACGAGAGGCGGCGUGUUGGUUGAGCAUGGCCUUGUGAGCAGCUUAGUCGGAGAGGGGAGCCGGCUAUCGCGCAAAACCGAGUCAGUCGUUGCAUCCCAGAACUUUCAAGCUUGACGGUCAUAGUCAGUCUGCGGCUGCUGGCAGUUGCAGUGUCAGACGUUCACAGAAGAUAUCCAACUCGAAACUCGAUCAGAUUGAUCGCUUGACGCGUCCCGUCACAUCAUGAUAUCGUGACUCCUCGUGACUCCCGCUCCAAGCCAUCAGCAUGUGACGCUUCUGCAGUGUGACACACGUUCCCGUCCUCGGCGACUCGUACCUCCGCCAUGGUCGAGCCCGCGCACCACACUCAGAUGCGACAGAUAAAAGACCCAAUCCAUGACUACAUCCCGCUCUCCCUCCUGAUGUCUUCCAUCAUCGAUACUAAGCAGUUCCAGCGUUUGCGGGAGAUCAAACAGCUGGGAACGUCGUACCUCGUAUGGCCGGGGGCCUCGCAUAACCGGUUCGAGCACUGUCUCGGUGUGGGGCAUCUGGCCAGAUGCAUGGUCGAGCAUCUGCGCAAAUCCCAGCCCGAACUGCGAAUCACCGACCGGGACGUAAACAUGGUGCAGAUCGCCGGACUGUGCCAUGAUCUCGGGCACGGUCCGUGGUCGCAUGUGUGGGAUGGGCAGUUCAUCCCUGCGGUCGCGCCAGAGAAGAAGUGGCAGCACGAGGACGCGUCAAAGAUGAUGUUCCGGGCACUUGUGCAGAACAAUCCCGUGCAGAUCUCCUCGGAGGCCGACAUUCAGUUUGUCAUGGCGCUGAUUGACGGCGACCCGAGUCUCUGCAGUCCUGACGAGAAGCGGUUCUUAUUUGAUAUCGUAGCUAACAAGCGCAAUGGGCUGGAUGUCGACAAGUUCGAUUACAUCGCUCGAGACUCGUACAUGAUCGGCGAAGCCUGCACAAUCUCAUUUCAACGGCACGUAAUUCUGCCUGUUUUGUGUCACGCCUUUCUGAUUCCUCGUAGUCUUAUCAAUAGCGCGCGGGUUAUCAACGACGAGAUAUGCUACGACAUCAAGGACAUCAAUCAGCUCUACGAGAUCUUCUACACGCGCUUCAAGCUGCACAAGACGAUCUACAAUCACAAGACAGCGAGUUCGAUCGAGUGCAUGAUCGUCGAUGCGUUGAAGCUCGCUGAGCCGUACAUGAAGAUCGCAGAACGGAUCGAGAAUCCGGACAAAUUCCUGUACUUGACGGACCACAUUAUGUCGCGAAUAGAGUCAGACGACGAUCCGGUACUGGGUGCCGCGCGGGACUUAUUCGCCCGCAUCAAGCAGCGGGAUCUGUACAAGUUUGUGGACCAGCGUGUCAUCGAGUGGGAGCACCGGCACAUCUUCAAAGAAGCGGUGACGCCAGCACGGAUUGUUGAAGAAGCGCGCAAGAUCGCGGAGGCGGCGGGCAACACCGACCAUCUGCACCUGUUGACCGAGGAGACGGUGAUAGUCAGGCAUUCGACGAUGCACUACGGGAUGAAGGACAGAAACCCGCUCGACUUUGUUCGGUUCUAUUCGAAACGCGUUCCAAACAUCUCGGCUCACGCACAGAAGCAUGACUACUCGAUGCUCAUGCCGAGGAUCUUUGCGGAGGUCUAUAUGACGAUAUUCACACGGGUUCCCCAGUUGAUGGCUGUCGUGCAAGCUGGCUACCGCGAGCUCCUACUCGAACUGCCGCAGGACACGCCGCCGGUGACGCCGAAAGUCAAAGCGAAGAGCCUGUCUCCGCACAGCUCGUUCAACACUAUCCCCAUGCAGUUUGUGCCGAGCACACCCAGCCGCGACCGCACCCUGAAGCGGCCGCGUGACGAAGAUGGAGAUGAGGAGGAGAGAGCGCUCAAGCGCAAGGCACAGGCCAAAUAGAUCUUAGACAGCAUUCGGAUCCUACUGAUACCCAUCCAUUACCACUGCAGCACUUCACUUGUAUCAUAUUCAAUGAAUAGCGUAGA